UAGACUCUUGUUACGUCUAUGCUACGGAGUUUAAUCUAUACGUCUUACGUUUGGGGUUACGAAUUCCUCUAUAUAGUCCGUGUUAUUACCGGCGUUGGUAUAUACUUGUCAUUACCAAAUAUUAAUUUUCAUUCCAACUUUGAUUUUUCAAUCAUCGAGAAUCAAACGAUCGAUCAUUCUGUGUGUGCGAUUUAGCGCAGUUUGGCAAAAUGACAAAAGUUUGAGAAAAGCAAUAGAUUGCUAAAGCACAACAAGUUUCCUUCACAAUGUGCGCUUCCCUUUCAGACGAAAGUUUGGAAAAGAAGUCCGUGGAACGUAAUGAUAGCGACAAGAAAGCGGUGUCCGAUUCGGGGCCUGACCCCUCGGCUCCAAUUACGAGAAAAGGAGUGUUAACGUCCUUUUUAACUGGCAAACCUAUGGAGAUACCAGAGCAAGAUAUUCUUGGUAAGUGCAGGUUCGUCUCAGAAUUUGAGAAACUGAAUCGCAUUGGAGAAGGUACUUAUGGAAUUGUAUAUCGUGCCAGAGACACCAAAAACGAUAAGGUCGUGGCACUGAAGAAAGUGAGGAUGGAACACGAGAAAGAUGGUCUGCCGGUAAGCGGUCUCAGGGAAAUAUCGGUUUUGUUAUCGUGCCGACAUGAAAACAUCGUACAUCUGAGAGAAGUGGUAGUAGGCAGAAGCUUGGAGAGUAUAUUUCUCGCGAUGGAGUAUUGCGAGCAAGAUUUAGCAAGCCUGCUGGACAACAUGCAGGCACCGUUUUCAGAAAGUCAGGUCAAGUGUAUAGUGUUGCAAGUACUCAAGGGUCUACGUUAUUUACAUCACAACUUCAUCGUUCACAGAGACUUGAAGGUCUCUAAUCUUCUCAUGACCGAUAAAGGUUGCGUAAAGAUCGCUGAUUUUGGCCUGGCUAGAUGGUUUGGUUUACCUUUAAAGCCGAUGACUCCUAGAGUGGUGACACUGUGGUACAGAGCGCCCGAAUUGCUAUUGCAAGCCAAGACGCAGACUACAUCCGUCGAUAUGUGGGCAGCUGGAUGCAUAUUGGGUGAAUUAUUGGGGCACAGACCCCUGUUACCUGGUAGAUCAGAGAUCGCACAAUUGGAGUUAAUCGUCGAUUUACUGGGUACACCCAGCGAAGCUAUUUGGCCAGAAUUUAAUUCGUUGCCAGCGCUACAGAAUUUUACACUUAAACAGCAGCCGUAUAACAAUUUGAAACAAAGAUUCCCCUGGUUGAGCGCUGCUGGUCUCAGAUUAUUGAACUUCUUAUUUAUGUACGAUCCAAAAAAGAGAGCAACCGCCGAAGAAUGUUUACAGAGUAGCUAUUUCAAGGAAGCUCCUUUACCGUGCGACCCAAAACUCAUGCCUACUUUCCCGCAACAUAGAAACAUGAAAAAGGCGACCACGCAGAAAGAGACUCGUGAACAAGAGCCUACUGUUACUGACCAAACCAAUAAUCUACCGGCGAUUUCAGAUCUCCUUGGAUCGUUGGUUAAAAAGAGACGCGUUGAGUGAAAAAAUUUACUGCUCGAAGAAACGAUUACUCAUGGAUAUUUCUUCUGGAUGUAUCUUUUUCCGAUUGCAUUUUAUGAUUGAUAACCAUGUGUAUACUUAUUGCCAAAUACAUUCUUUGCAAAUCCUUGUGAACGAAAA